GUACUGUAUUCUUCUUGUGUAGCUGCUCUCCUUUCUUCUACAUCUGAUCUGGAUAAAUCUUCCUGUACUGGUUCUGGAUCCCCUAAAUAUCAAGAAGGAAGUAAUGUUUUGUGCCAUUCAAAUAAGUUGCAAAAUGAUCGUGUUGCUGUCUUUAAGAAAUGUUUUUCUGAACAAGUGUCAUCAGUCAGCAAUACAUUACCAUCAGUUGCUCUAGUUCAGAAACUGGUUGCUGUCUUAGAAUCAAUCGAAAAACUUCCUGUUUAUCUUUAUGAUACAAAUGGGAGUGGAAAUGGUCUCCAAAUAUUAACUAGAAGAUUAAGAUUUAGACUUGAGAGGGCACCAGGAGAGACUGCACUCAUUGAUAGAUCUGGCAGAGGACUAAAAAUGGAGUCCUUAACUACAAUUGAUCAGCUAGAAAAGCACUUGGUGAAAAUGGUUGCAAAACAGUGGUAUGAUUAUGAUCGAUCAACUUUUGCUUUUGUGAAGCGGUUAAAAGAGCCAAAUGUAAGGAUCAAUUUUGUUCACCAAAAAGAUUUUGAUGACAAUGGAAUUAUAUAUUGGAUUGGGACAAAUGGCAGGACUGUUUCAGAAUGGGUCAAUCCAGCACAAGUUGGUCUAGUAAUGGUUACAGCAUCUGAAGGCAGAAAUCUUCCUUAUGGUAGACUAGAAGAUAUUCUCAGUCGUGAAGCAUCUGCUUUAAAUUGUCACACUAAUGAUGACAAACGUGCAUGGUUUGCAAUUGAUCUUGGUUUGUGGCUAAUACCAAAUCGUUAUACUUUGAGGCAUGCUAGGGGUUAUGGCAGAUCUGCCUUACGUAAUUGGUUGUUUCAAGUCUCUAAGGAUGGUUCAAACUGGUUGACUUUGUUCACUCAUGUGGAUGAUUGUGCUUUGAAUGAACCUGGCUCAACAGCUUCUUGGCCAUUAGAUCCUCCUGCUGAAGAACAGCAAGGCUGGCGACAUGUUAGACUCCAGCAAACUGGAAAGAAUGCCAGUGGUCAAACUCAUUAUUUAUCACUUUCUGGAUUUGAAAUAUAUGGAAUUGUAACAGGAGUCUGUGAUGAUUUAGGGAAAGCAGCUAAAGAAGCUGAAGCUAAUUUGCGGCGUCAGAGAAGAGUGAUAAAGCAGCAAAUUAAGUAUAUGGUUCUUGGGUCACGUAUUGUUAGAGGACCUGACUGGAAAUGGAGAGAUCAAGAUGGAAAUCCUCCAGGUGAAGGCACAAUAUCUGGAGAACUGCAUAAUGGAUGGAUUGAUGUUACUUGGGAUCAGGGUGGAGCAAAUUCUUAUCGUAUGGGAGCUGAAGGAAAAUAUGAUUUAAAGCUUGCCCCUGGGUUUGACCCAGAAGCUUAUCUUGCCUCAGUAGCUAGUUCUACCACUGCUGCUGCUAAUAUAAAAUUGCGUUCAAAAAACCCUGUGACUUCAUCUAUUGGUUCUACCUUGUCAUCUGCAAGCCUUAAAGUUGCUAGAACCAUGACAACUGACACAUCUUCAGCAAGGGGAAGUGUGUCUAGCAGUUCGUUUGGAGGAUGUGAAACGUCAUCUAGUCUUAGUGUUCUGGCAGGUGAUCAGUCUACCUCUGGGAAUUUAUCUGUUAAGGCUGCAGAAAUGUUGGCAGAAAAUGUUCUAACAUCUGCUAGUGCUGAAGCAGCUGUUGUUACAGCUGAUGUAUCAGAGUCUGAAAACAAUGCUACAUCCAAAAGACUACAGUCUUGUAAAACAAUUGUAAUGCGUAAUGAAUUUUCUGUUUCAAUGGGUGUUGGUCUUUCUCCUACCCGAGAAGAGACUGAAGAUGCGUCCACUAUUAGAGACUCUAUUGAGAACCUUCAUUUAUCAGAAGCAUUGCGUAUUCCACCAGGGAAUGAUAAACAGUGCAUAGCAGACAACCAGCUUCAGAAUUCAAGAGAAUCUGGUUCUGGAAACAUGAGUGUCAGUGCUCCUAAUUUAUCUAAUACGAAUGUUAGUGAUUCUGCUGUUAGCUUGCUUGAAACAUUUGCUGCUGUUGCACGCAGAAGAGCUAAUGGCAAUGCUACAAAUUCAAGUACCCCUAAUUCAUUGUUUACCAGAGGUUCUAAUAAUGUUGGGAGCCUGGUACGAUUAGCUUUAUCUUCAAAUUUCUCAGAAAUACUUGCUGAUCUCCUCGGUGAAUUGCCUGUUAUUGAAACACCUUCAGAAAGUUCAACUAUUGUGAAUCUUCCGGCUGCAGGUGGUCCAUUAACCACAGCUCAGAGCUAUCCUAGUCUAACUACUACUACUACUACUGCUGCCUUACCAGGAAGUCAGUCUGCCACUGGUGGUGCAACAAGUACUUUUGGUCAGUCAUUGACAGUCAGUCUUACAUCUACCUCUAGUGAAAGUGAGCAAGAUUUUCUAGAUAGUUGUCGUGCCACUACUCUUCUAGUUGAUUUGGAAGAUGAUGAAGAAUUACCUGAUCCUGAAGAUGAUGAAAAUGAAGAUGAUGAAGAAAAUGAAGAUGACAAUGGCUUUGAAGACAUAACUGAUGAUGAAGUUGAAACUGAAAAUGGUAAACCCAGAAGUUGGGAUGAUGAAUUUGUUCUAAAGCGGCAGUUUUCUGCUCUCAUUCCUGCAUUUGAUCCUCGACCUGGAAGGACUAAUGUAAAUCAGAUCUCAGACUUGGAUAUUCCUGCUCCAGGGUCUGAUAUCUCAGGGACAGAUGAUAUCCAGGUAUCUCCAAAUCAGCCAAAACUAUCCUUACAGCUUAAGGGACCAAAUAUUCCUGGUGUGCUUGAUGUUGUUUUAGAUUUAACAGAUCCAGAUUGGACUAUAUUUCAUGCAGUUCAGCAGCUUAUUCAAGAAUCUCAAUUAGGGACUCGCCAAGACAAAAUACGUCGCAUUUGGGAGCCAACAUAUAUCAUUAUAUAUAAAGAAGCUAAGGAAAAAAAGAACAAGGUUCCUAAAAUAACAGAAUAUACGCCCUCUAGGCCUCUUCAAAUUAAUGUUUCAUCUUUAGAUAACAUCAAUUUAGCAGAUGACAAAUUUUUUGUGCCAGGCCCAAUUGAAUUUCUGAUAGGUGCAGAAGAUUUCUAUGAGCUUUUAAAACCAGAUCGAAUUUUCCUUCAGGAUUCAAAUUUAAGAUUACAAAAUAGUGUUUUCAGCUAUGAUGUAAGUGGGACUCUUCUUGCUAAAGGGGAAAGUAAAUUAUAUUGUGGCCUUAUUACAGAUAAUUUGGAGUUAGAAAGAGCAGUAAGAGAGUUUUGGGAAAUUGAAAACGUAGAAAGAGAGUCUGAGAUUUCUAAGAGUAAAGAAGCAGAAAUUUGA